AUGCUGACAUCCCUUUUGGUGACAAUUUAUUUUGCACUUGUUGAAAAUGCAAUAUCUUUCCUGGGAUUGAUCGACGAUUUCGAGUUGGAUCGGCAACUCCCGAGCGUUACGUGUCGACAGUGCAUUCAGCUGUGGUAUGUGCUUGCCAAAGAUCCUCAUUCCACGUGUGGACCGCAUUCACGCACUUGCACAGGGAACGUCUGCUUUAUGAGACAGUGUAAGAACUGUCCGGUGUAUCAGUAUAUGGCGGGCUGUUUAACGUUAACUGAUUGGCAAUUUACCGAUUUAUCAUUUUCACGACAACGUGCUGAACUUCUCGCGACACGUGUGGGAGCUACGCUCCUUUGUGAAGAUUCUAUGAAUCAGACUACCUGUAUUUGCAAUCGUAAAAACAAGUGCAAUGAUAUUCAUGCAAGAGCACCGUUUUCCACAUACAGUGCACCACUCUUCGGUGGUAUUAUAAAUUUUGAUGCAGUAAUUUCCAAAAUAGAUCCUUACUAUAACGACAUUGUUCGACCGAAACAUGCAUCGAAGUAUUAUCCAGCUGAUACGGGUAUUCGCACAAUGUCCCUCCAAACAUUCUUUCUAAAUUGCUCAGCGCUUCUCCUUUCAUUUUUCUUAUCUUUAUACAACGGCUAUUUCCAUACCUAG